AUGAGAAAUCGCAUCAUCAUCUCCGAGAAACCACUAUUCUUCACCAUCCUCAUCGUCGUCAUAAUCACCGGCGGCCUCACCAUCACCAGCCUCCACCGCACCGGCGGCACAAACCCCACUUCCAUCCUCUGCACAUUCGUCAACUCCCACUCCCAACCCAACCCCAAACAACCCCCCACCACCCACAUCUCCGCCAUCCUCCACUACGCCACCACCCGCACCACCGCCCAACAAACCCUCCCGGAAAUCAAAGUCGCCGUCGACGUCCUCCAAACCCUAGCCCCAUGCAACCUCCUAGUUUUCGGGAUCGGUCACGAAUCCGUCAUGUGGGCCUCACUUAAUCCACGUGGCACUACUUUAUUCCUCGAAGAUGAUCUUAACUCAGUCCAUAAAACCCUAAACGACGCGCCUUCUCUGCGCGUGCACCACAUAUCCUACGACACUCAGUUAUCUGAUGCUGACUAUCUUUUAACCUCGUACAAAACAUCCCCAAAGUGUCUCCCUACACAAGUGUACCUUAAAGGGAACACACGGUGCAAGUUAGCGUUGAGCAACUUACCCGAAGAGGUGUAUAAGAGGGAAUGGGAUGCGAUUAUUAUCGAUGGGCCGAAGGGGUAUUAUGGUGAGGCACCAGGGAGGAUGAUGGCGAUAUUUUCGGCUGCAGUGAUGGCUAGACGGAGAGAAAGAGGGGGGGAUACACAUGUGUUUGUGCAUGAUGUUAAUAGGAAGGUGGAGAAGGAGUAUGCGGAAGAGUUUUUGUGUAAGAAUUAUUUGGUCACGGCUGAGAAUAGGCUAUGGCAUUUUAGAAUACCGCCUUCGGCGAAAGAGAGUCCAACAUUUUGUUAGUGUUUGUGUAUUUUUGUUUUGUGUUUAGGUGUUGUUUAAUGAUGAAAUAAAGGUUGUAGUUUUGUGUUU